AGCCAUGUUGAACGAGUGAUUUACUAAAAUUAGUUGAGAGAUGUACACAAUUUUAGAUGUACAUAUUCUUCUGCUGCUCAAGUUGUACAUCUGUUUUUGGGAAAAAGAGUCUCAUCAGUGGAGUAUAAUUCAGGAGUAAUCUGGCGAGUGAUUUGAAAUUACAAAGGCGAUUUAUACCCCUGCAUCGUUCGACUCGAAGUCCAAUUACGAGGAACUCAGGAAUGAAAAAAUCUGAUGCAAGGGCACAUACGGUUGCACCCUUGCUAUCGAUACUGAACAAUAGUCACUGGGCCAGUUUGUUAUGCCUGUGAUUGAUUUCAACGUUGACCUCUCAAUAUGCUCAUUAAAAAAGGUUUUUUUUUCUUUCAUUUCGAUUGGCGAGGUAAUCGAGUUAUAUUGCCUUACGGCUGAAGUAUUUCAUUUUUACUGGCUUUUCAACUGUCCAGUUUGGCCUGUCUGAUUACAAAUGUUUGUAAUCGGAGAGGUGAAAUCAGACAGUUUGGUCUUAGAAGCCAAUAUGCCAUAAAUAAGGGCUCUUAAGAACCUCAUAUUCAAGCAUUUUGUUAUGGUCACAGUUAAGCUUUCUGACAGUGAGUAAGCACAAAAUGUUUUCCAAUGCUGAAGAAAUUUCCCCAAGCAGAAAGAGGAAGAAGAGCCUUAGUGAUAUAAUUACAAAAAACGUAAAUGUACUCAAACGGGGCCAAGUUCGAGAAAGUGAUGGUGAAGUCUAUAUGCCAACAUCCACCAUUGAAAUGAGCAUUAUAAAGAGGCUAGGACAGUCGAAAAAAGUCUCUUUUACAGCCAGCACAACUGCAUCAGAGAUGCAAAGAAAACUGGAGGAAAGCUUUAAUUUUCUUUCUGGUACAAGAUUCUCCUGUGCAAAAACAAAGGAAAAUAGAUCCAAACUUGAUUUCCUUGGGGAGCGUCACAUUUGGAGUGGCGAGGAAAUCAUGAAUCAGAUUAAAUGGAAUUCAGCUCUUUAUGUCUUCUGUGAGGAGGAAAACCCUGCCAAUCAGCUUUCAUUAGAUGAACAAUUGGAGAAGUUUCAAAUUUCAAGAGAUGGACGUUCUUCAGAUACCUAUGACUCAGGCAUAGAUUCAUCUAAUGAUGGGGGUCCACUCCUUGUCAACAACAGAGAAGAUUAUGAUGUACAGGUACAUGUGGUAAUGGCAUAUUACAACAUUUAAAGCAUUAUUUUAUUA